ACAUACCGAUCGACAUCGCGCCGUUUUUAUCUGCCUCACCAGCUCCGGUUUCCCCCGUUCAGCCUUUUCCCCCGUCAACCACCGCCAUGUUUUUCUGAGGCAGGAUGACAGCAGAGAGCGAGUGCAGACGAAGACGGAUAAAAGACUGAAACCCGUCGUUUUACAGCAUUAUUUGACCACACGACGGUCUAUUUUUUACUGCGGACUCGCGCGGAACUAUUUUCUCGGAUGGGAGGGGGUCCUCCCACAUAAAUAUAAAAUCCAGAAAUUAUCAUUUCCUUGAAGUUUAUACCAUGAAAAGGCAAGAAGUGAGAAGCAUUUCUGAAGAAGAAGCGAUUCCUGUCUGCUUUUAACUACCUCUACUGGCGAACAUACAGGAAUAACCAGACGAGCGAUCAACUGCUUACCACAAGUCACCUGCUGUCAAAACUUUGUUUCUUAAAGCAAACUAGACCGAAGAAAAAAGAAACAACUUUUAAUCUAAAGUGAAGAGAACACAUUUCAAAGAUGACGGGCAACAUCCCUGUUGACAUGAUCAACUUGAGGCUCAUCUUGGUGAGUGGAAAAACAAAAGAGUUCCUGUUCUCUCCAAACGACUCGGCGGCCGACAUCGCCAAGCACGUGUAUGACAACUGGCCAAUGGACUGGGAGGAGGAACAAGUAAGCAGCCCGAACAUCGUGCGUCUCAUCUAUCAGGGCCGAUUCCUACACGGCAAUGUGACGCUAGGAGUUUUAAAACUGCCUCUCGGAAAAACCACAGUGAUGCAUUUAGUUGCCAGAGAGACGCUGCCCGAGCCAAAUUCCCAAGGUCAGAGGAACCGGGAAAAGACUGGAGAGAGCAACUGUUGUGUGAUCCUGUAAAUACGUCCCUUCGUCCCUCAGAAUGAGUGUGUCCCGUCACCCGCCACCAGAAGCUGCUUAAACAACUACUCACACCAGACUAGCAAGAGCCGGAGAGGAAAACACACACACAUAGACACACACACAGAUCUGAGAUUCAAGCCAAAAGAUGAUCAUCCAACCUGGAGAGCAGCAUAUAAUAAAAGCAUCCCGCCUUCGCCAUCACACACACACACACACACACUCUAACACCUUCAAGAACUCAUUGAAACACACCUUUUCUAACACCUCUAUGAACUCACUGAAACACACACACACACCUUCUUCUGCCGGUUUGCACAUGGAGGAGGCCCUUGUUGAUCAGUUUUUUAUUGCACAUAGUAAACAUGAAUGAUUCAGUGAGGAUGAAGAGACUCCAGGCCCUCCAUUUCUUCCUCUCAGAAGGGAAGAAGGAAUUUACACAGGGUCUGAUGAACUUUUCACGUUUAACAGCGCAGCCGGAUCCGCUGCAGAGGAGAAGAAGCAUGAAAUACUAGCACACGCUUGACCGGCGGACUGUUCUGGUGAAGUGCUAAACAGUGUCUGUCCAGGAGAACAAGUAUUGAUGUGCCUGAUGAACGCUUGAGAAGUGUUUAUGGUUUUGAUGGCUCUUUUUAAUCCUGGAGAUUGCUGAAAGGUUGAUUUGCAGGAGGGUGGAUCUCCGGACGUCUGCUCAAAGUCUAAAUAACACGUAAUGAAUAACCAAUAACAUUUGCGACUGUGUUUUGACAGUCAUCCAGUGUUUUCUUUAGAUUGAUCGGAGCUGCUCUCUUUUUUAGGAAGGGUCCGACUAUCCCUUUAUUCCCCCCCCAAGCGUAGAUAGUGUAAAUUAAUGCUUGCGUUUGGUGCCAGAAGAAAUCUGUGGAAUGAAGUUUGGCUUGGUUUCCAUUUCCCCUUACUUGUUAGAUAUAUAAAUAUAUAAAUUGUUUGCACAAGACAGAAACGUGAGCUGUUUCAUUUCUAAAUCGGUGUCAUUUUUUUUCUUUCCUCUUGUUUUUCCAAAUGGGAACCGUAUUGGAAGGUUACAUACGUGUAGAGUAUAUUUAAUAUGAAUCUUAUAGAGAACAUAACUAUAGAUUGUUGAUAUAUAUUGGUGUCUAGUGUAUGAUAGUUUUAAACAGUUAGCACAUUAGCAUUCGGAGCAGUGAGACGCUGACUAUGUCAUGUACUUUAACAGCAGCAACCCUCUCUCUAAUGGUUGAAGAAAUUACUGUACCGUGUUUCUUAUUAUCAUUGUUUUUUGUUUUUUAAAUGUUCAUAAUUUGAUAUAAUCUUCUUUUUCUUUGUACGUGGUCUUUGCUUUUCUGCUUUUUAACACCACACUAGGUCUGAAAAAUAUUGGUCCUUAUCAGGGUUUAAAUCUGUACAGAGCUGAAGUUUUUAAAAAGAUAAUUGUAAAUAAAACUAAUGCUUCUCAUUCUCUAAAAUACAAAUGGAAAUACAUCUAUAAACUGAAUAAAGAAUCCAGAUUAUUCAAGUCUAA